AAGAUUGUCAAAUCAAGUAUAUGUAUCACUGAAAUAAAUCAGACUCUAUACCAAGGUUCUCGAUUGUAACAGGUGAUUUUUCAAGUACCUACUUAAACAAAUAGAGUUUAAUUUUCCUAACAUGUGUAGUGCCGUGUUCCAGUGCGGGUAAUGGUCGGCUAGGCCGCGGACUGGCGCGGACGCAUGAGGCGCCGCUUGUCAAGCACACGCGACCCACGGAACUAUAUAGAGCAGUUAGAAUGAUGUAGCUGAAAAUUCGCUUAUGACAUUGAAUCACUACUCGAAAAGUCACAAAAAACAUAAAAUUACUAACAACUUUAAAGGAAAUAAAUUUUAUUUAUUUUUCGAAUAUUUUCUUUAGUACGGGUAUAGUUUUUCUGUUAAUUUAAAACUAAUUCUUUGGUCCUCAUAAUAAAAGUAGAGAUGGCAUAAUAUCCAAUUGAUGGCAGUGUUAAGUAGAUUCGAAAUACGAGAUUUUUACAGGUAACAACUGACUUAACAAUUAUGACAAACUAUUCCUAAUUCCAGGCAUGAACAUGGAAUCAAUAGUUUUACUAAACUGUUAAUGUACUAGCACCUUCAUACGUGUACUACAAGCAUACUGACACACUCAACUUCUAAUGGCUUCCACAGCUCUAUAGGAGAUCCUCUCUCCAAGCAGUUUGAAUGUCCCGUUCUCUCGGCAGUGCGCAGCGUCCCGCUACGAGAGCUCGGCAUACAGCCAGUGCCAGUGUAACAUCACUUCCGAACGCGCUGGCCGAACGCAUCCGCGCCUAGACCGCAACAAAAAAAAUAUAUUUAAAAAGUGUCGCCGGACGCGCACGCGAGCGCGCCAAUUCGAAAGUUGUUUAAUAUUUUAUGAAAAACUCUUUUUGUAAUUAUUUUUACAGUAGAGCGAACUUUAGUAGGUAUUAUAAAUGUCCAGGUGAACUGUGCUACUUUCAUCUUGUGUUGUGAUUUAUUUAAACGGUUUCAUCAGGCUGAAAAUGGCGCGACACACGCUCAUAUUUUUGGUCCUAUGCAUAUCAGCUCGCUUCGUGCUGCCGGAGCCGACGCUGGCGCCGCCGACGGACGCGCCGGCCGAGCCGCGCGACGAGACGCUCACGGAGGAGGAGCCUCCCGAGGGGUACUACGCCUUCGUCGAGUCUCCAAACGCCACACCACCCAGAGUCCGUCCACCACCUUACCGACAGGUGUCGUCGCCGUGUCCCGAGGCGGAGGCGGCGCGGCCGCAUGUGUCGGCCGCCAACUUGUGCGGGGACCUCAACCGCGGCAUCAUCCCGCGGAACCCCAUGGGGCAGAACCCCAACGGCGAGCCCUACCCCUUCGAGGUGAUCCGCAACCAGACGCUGCGCUUCCUGUCGCGCACGCUGCCGGUGCUGCGCGCGGACGACACGCUGCCGCGCGUGGCGCACCUGCCGCCGCCGCACUACGAGCGCGACGCCAACGACCUGCAACACAACCGGCUGGAGGAGCGCAGCAAGCGCUCGCUGCAGGAGGCGAGCGGCGAGGACGGUGACGUCACGCGCGCGCAACACCGCGCCGCGCCCGAGCCCGCGCGGGACUCGCGCAAGUUCUGCGACAACGGCGGCGUGUUUUGCAUGCUUUAUCGUGCCAUCAACGGCGACAGCGAGUCAAGCGCUAGUGUAGAGAGGCGUGAGGACCCUGGCCCACAGGCGCACGCACCGAACGCACCUCAUCAUAGAUACGAGGGCCCGCCCACACCCUGUCCGGCGCGUGUGGAGUACGCGACGCCAGUGUUCGCGCGCAACUACCAGGGCGUGUGGCGCUACGUCGUGCAGAUCCCCUACGAAGGGUACUUCACACAAACCGUCGAGGUCACCAGAUGCAUGCAGUCCCGCUGCCACUACCUGGACGGCGGCUGCCUGAGCUCGCCCCGCUGGGUGUCGCUGCUGGUGGCCGAGCUGCACUACCCGCCCCGGCAUAACAAGCACACUCCCGAGUACGAGCAGUACGGCGCGGCCGAGCCCGAGCCCAGCACCGACAAGCCGCCGCACUGCGACGGACACGACGAGAUGGGCUGCUACCAGGUGCGGCUGUACUACGACUGGUUCCUGGUGCCGGGCUCGUGUAAGUGUUGGCGCCCCGACUACUUCGCGCGCUACGUGCGCCGCCGGCAGAACACUGAGCUCUAAUCACGAGGGGACACACACACACACACACACACACCUCACAUCUACUCAUUUCAUAGAGUUUCUUAAGUUCCAUAUUCCUCUCUUCUUGCAACAGCUCUCAAAAGCUUGCUUUAAGCUAUUUAAAUGAAAGGCACUCGGUAUUGCCGUCUAGUUCUCAUAUUAGCAAGUCCUGCUUUAAGAGUUUCGACACAAGAUAGUGAGGUAUUAUUUAUACAUCGGGGUGUACCCGGAAUCGCACACAUGACAUGAUAAAUCAUCUUACAUCUUUAUUUAAUGUGUAUUUCAUUUUUUGACCCAAGAAAUAUCUUGCGGUACCUACUCGUUCAAGUUAAAAUUUAAACUUGCUCUAUCGUACCUCCGUUUAGGUGUCUUAUGAAAAAAGGCUUUUGAACAAAAGAAUGAUUUCCUAUCGCUUGCGAGUAAGAUUUUGGUGCUACUGCUACUAAUCGUUGUGACAUUAAGACUGUAUCUUUUAAUAAAGUAAGUACUUAGGUAUGUUCGUACCAAAAUAUAUGGACGGAGGCGAGAUCUCUUAACGACUUAGUAUUUAAUAUCAUUAGUUAGAAUUCCAAUACAUAAGAAUUCAAUUCUAAAACAUCAAGUACAGAUUGUUACAUAUUUUAAAUUUCUCUGAAACUUUUUUUAUGCAAUAAUAAUUUUAGCAAUGCAACACCGAAUCCCUCCUCCUUAUUUAAUGGAUUAUGUACUUACUUAGUUUAGAGUAAUAAGCUAAGCUUGUUCUGUAGAAAUACUCGUUACAUAUUAUUAUAGUUGCUUAGUGUUAGAACAAUAAUUGUAUUAAAGCUCAAACUGCAUUUAUAAUUUGUAACUAUUGUAAAAAUUUACACAACCAUGCUCCCUUCAACUCAUGUGUGUAGUUGUAUUCGCACUUUAACUUACCACGGUGAGGUGGUUAUAGAAGAGAGAUGGCGCUAUACAAUGCGUAGCGCGCCGUCUUACUCCCACAACUCCGAGUGCCGUUCUUUAAGAGCUAGUGGUGGACGCCCGACAUCGCACUCUCGUGUAGUGUAAGGGAGCAUGGUUUUGAUAUUUGUUAGUAAGAUAAGCUAGUAUAAUCUUAUUUAUAUAUUAGAUUAAGCAUCGUUGUAAAUGUAUUAAUAAAGAACUGGAUUAAA